UGGGUGGGUCGCGGCCACCGUAGAUCCUUCUUUCCCUCUGAAACCCCAAAACCCCGAAUCGCUCCCCCGGGUCAUCCUCUACACACUCUAUGGCGGCGGCCGCCCUCCGCCGAAUCCCUCGAAGAAUCCUCUUCCCCCGACGAAACCACCUCUCCACGCUCUCCGAACCCACCUCUUCUCCUCCCUCCCCUCCCCCUUCCACUCCCCUCGCCCGCCUCAAAUCCGCCAUCCGGGCCGAGUCGGACCCCGACCGCGUCGCCGAGCUCUUCCAGUCCGCCGCCUCCCUCCCCCGCUUCCACGCCCAGCGGCCCCUCUUCUACCUCGCCGUCCAGAAGCUCGCCCGUGCCCGCCGCCCCGACCUCGUCGAGCGCCUCCUCGAUCCCCUCCUCUCCGACCCGGCCGCCCCCCGCUCUGAGGGCUUCCUUAUCCGCCUCAUCUGUCUCUACUCCUCCGUUGACAUGCCUGAUCACGCCUCCCGUACCUUCGACCGCAUGCCAAGCCUCGGCGUCCCCCGCACCGAGAAGUCCCUCUCGGCGCUUCUCUCCGCAUUCCUCCACAACCGCCGCUUCGAUCGCCUCCGCGACGCCUUCGAUCGGGCGCCCAAGGAGUUCGGCAUUGUCCCGGGCGUCGUGUCCCACAAUAUCCUUCUUCAGGCCUUGUGCGAGAACGGCGAAGUCGAGACUGCCCGCAAGAUGCUCGACGAAAUGGAGGAGAAGAAAAAGGAUUUCGGAGUGGAGCCGGAUAUCGUCUCGUAUAAUACGCUGCUGAAUGGGUAUCUAAAGAAAGGGGAUGACGAUGGAUUCGAAGAGAUUCUAAAAGAGAUUGCCCACAUAGGAUUGGAGUCUAAUGUGGUGACUUUUAAUUGUAGGAUCUCGAAAUUUUGUCGGAAAAAUGAGAGCUUUAAGGCUGAGGAGUUGCUGGAUGUGAUGGUCUCAAAGGGGAUCCUGCCAAAUCUCGGUACCUUCAAUCCAAUAAUUGAAGGGUUCUGCAAAGAAGGGGACGUGGGCUCGGCUGUGAGGGUGUUCAAGAGGAUGAGAGUGAUGAAGAGGAUAAAUGGGAAGGAAGGGGUGUCACCGAAUCCUGACACAUACAUUGUGUUGAUUAGAAAUCUGGUUGAGAAGGGAGAAUUUGGUGAGGCAUUGAUGAUCUGCAAGGAGUGUUUGACUAAGAAAUUGGCGCCACCAUUUGAGGUCGUGAAAGGAUUGAUUGAUGGUCUCGUGAGGGAUUCCAAGGUUGAUGAGGCGAAGAAUGUUGUUACAAAGAUGAGGGAGAUACUUAAAGGUGAUGCUGUAGAUGCAUGGAAGAAAUUUGAAGUUGCACUCUCUUUGUCUCGACCGCAUUGGAUAGGAUUUCCUUGCGCUUGCCGAGCCCUCCCUCGUCCGCAAAACCCUAGAACCCCUCGUCCCUCCUAUUCCCCUCUCCCCAACCUCAGCGCCGAAGCCAAAAUGGCCAUCGUCUCCUCCUCCCUCCGCCACCGGUCCCUCGUCCUCCUCCGCCACUUCCGCCCUUUCUCCACCACCACUACCACCACCACCACCUCAUCCUCUUCCUCCGGUCCUCCCAUCUCCGUCUCCGUCGCCAAGUCCCGCCUCCGCAAGGAGUUCGACCCCGACCGCGCCGUCUCCAUCCUAUCCUCCGUCGCCGACCCCUCCGCGUCCCCUGUCUCCGCCCGCUUCGCCGUCGACCUCGCCGUCCGCCGCCUCGCCCGCGCCCGCCGCUUCGCCGACGUCGAAGCCCUCCUCGAGUCCCGCAAGUCCGCCCCCCACGCGGCCAACGAGCCCUUUCUCGCUACCGUCAUCCUCUCUUACGGCGCCGCUGGCAUGAUCGACCACGCCAUCCGCACCUUCGACGAUGUCCCCCGCCUCACCGCUGCCCCCCACUCCCCGGUCUCCUUCAACGCCCUCCUCUCCGCCUGCAUUCGGUCCAAGCAGCAUCGCCGCGUCCCGCAUCUCUUCGCCGACAUCUCCAAGAAGCACGGUAUCACCCCCGACGCCGUCUCCUAUGGCGUCCUCAUCAAGGCCCUAUGCCUCUCCGGCAAGUCCGGCAAAGCCUUCGAAACCCUCAAGGAGAUUGUGGAGGAGAAGAAGCUCGAGCCGACCACUGUAAUCUACACCACUCUUCUGGAUUCACUCUACAAGGAAGGGAAGCCAGAGGCGGCCGAGGAGCUGUGGAAGGAAAUGGUGGGGAGGGGAUGCUCUCCUGAUUUGACUGCUUAUAAUGUUAGAGUCAUGUAUCGAGCGAUGAACGGGAAGCCAGAGGAGGUUCUUGAGCUGAUUCAGGAGAUGGAGUCUGCUGGAGUGAAGCCAGACACCAUCACGUAUAAUUAUCUCAUUACUUGCUAUUGUAAUGAUGGGCAGCUUGAGGAAGCUAAGAAGGUUUACAAGGGUCUCAGGAAGAAGGGUUGUGUUCCGAAUGCCACGACUUUUAAGAUUUUGUUGGCUCGAUCAUGUGCUAAUGGGGAUAUUGAGGCAGGCCUGGAGGUUUUCAAGGAUAGCAUGAAGCAGAAUAAGGUUCCAGAUUUCCGAACAGUGAGGCUCUUGGUGGAGGGGUUGGCGAAGGGGUCGAAGGUGGAGGAGGCAAAGGUGGUGAUUGAUGGGGUGAGGAAGAGGUUCCCGGAGAAUUUAGUGCGCGGAUGGACAAAGGUCGAGAAGUUGCUCGGUUUGAGUCAAGAUGGAGAAGUAUCUGAGCAAGUAGAAGCUGCUUAGAGAAUUCAAAAUGGCAGGGUAUCUUAUUGACUUAUCUCUCUUGGUGGACUUAGAUUGUCCAUUGGCCAGUUGGGUUGGAUCGGUAACAUCUGCUUUGAGAAGGUACAUAACUUUCCGAAGUACCAAACUGCAUCUUUCUUGAGCUCUGCCUUGUUAAUCGUGGGGUUUCUGAGCACAAAGGCUAAAUUACCAGGAAAAUUACUAAUGAAAUAAUGCAUUUUCCUUUUUUUCAAUACAAAAAGUGGUUCAACUGAAUGUUGCCCGUUGUGACGUGAGCUACUCUAAGAUAAUUGGAGUUUCUUUUGUGCCUUCCGAUUGAGCAUUAUUCUAUUGAUUAUUAGUCUCUGAUCUUAA